UUUAGGAGAUAGUCUUGUUUUAGUGGAGAAAGUAUGAAAUUUCCAAGGUGAGGAAGUGAGUCUUGUCAAGAGGAGUCUCAGCAUUAUUUAAUUGACAAGAAGAUUUAUGUGUGUUAUACACAUAAGACAACAAAGUAUUCUGCGGAUGGUUCUAUUCUGUUAAUCCCUCCAGAUCCAAUAAAAACAUUGCUGAAGGUGAUAGAUCAGUGUAGGAAGGAGUUAUUGGUAUCUUCACAAAGCCAUGGGUACCUUGGAUCUGAAAGUGAACACAAUGGGUUCGACUCCAGUAUCAGGGAGGCUGUUGGCAACAUCUUUUUAAGCCUCGAUGAUGCCGUUACCACCAGACAAUUCUAUAAGCUUGAAGCCUUGCUGCAAGAAGCCAAGAGACUUGAGGAUCUUGUCAUGAAUGAUAAAUUGUUCAUUAAACACUCGGUGGCUACAAACUGGAAGAAGGCAUUAUCAACCGUCGAAGGAACCAUUGAAAAGAGUCCAGACCUUGUUACUAAAGAGCUCAGAGAAGAGUAUAACAAGUUGCUUGAAAGAACUGUUAACAAGCUCAAGCAACAAAGAGAACGCAUCCAAGAAGAAAAAUCUGAGCUUGGCAUCAAGCUUUCUAGUAAGGAGAAAAAGAUCGAAGAGUUGAGAGAUCAGUUAAAAAAAUUGGAGAAAUCACAAAAGCAAGAACCAGAGGAACAAAAAGAAGAAUAUAAACAGAAGAUACAAGAUCUCAUAGCCACUCAAACUGAGAUAGAAGAGGCUAAGUCGAUAAAUAUUGAAGAAAUUAAGGAAAAAGAUCAACUAAUAUCUGAGCUUAGAGAAGAGAUCAAGACAAAAUCUGAUGAGCUCAUUAAAUCUCUUGAAAAUAUCGAGCAACUCGAACAAAAAGUAAAGACUAAUGCUGAAAAGGCAGCCAACCUCAGAGCAAGGAUUAAGGACCUGAAGUCUAACUAUAAUGCAGAGAAGGAAGAACUCCAAAAGAGUUAUAGUGGUCAGGUACAGGAAGUUAGAGAUGACUGUGACGCUAAGCUGAAGGAAACUUGUGAGAAGAUCGAAAAAGAGCAACAGGAAAAACAAACCACUUUUGAUAGUGAGUUAAAUGAAAAAAAUGGCGAAAUCGAUGAACUGCAGAAGAAGAUUUUAGAGCUUACGAAAGAUCAUGAUAAGGAAAAGGCUAAUCACCAAACACUGAAGCAAAGUCAUGCAGAUUUUGAAGAGGAGAAACAAAGCAUCUUGCAAAAGCAUGCUGAAGAGAAAAAUAAACUGGAGGAUGAGCUUAAUAACUUUAAGAAAAAGAUUAGCAAUGCUGAAGACAUUAAUGAAAAAACGAUAGAUGAACCACAACAACUUUCCUCGGAAGAUACUUCUAUCUUAGACCAAAACACCUCAUUUCCUGAAGAAACAAAAGACGUACAAAGCACCAAGAUUACAAAUCUAGAUAAAGAACUUACAAAAACCCUAAAGAAACUAGAUCUUGCUCUCCAAGACAACAAAAUCCUUGAACAAAGACUCAUUCCUUUUACGACUUAUACCCAAAAAGACUUUGCUUCAUUCUGAAGAUCUAUUGACCCAAACUCCUCCAAAGAUAUCCUAAAGUCAUCAGAUUUUACUCUCUAUAGAGAAGGAAGUACUUCCAUGAGACUACGACUAGACAAUACGAUGAACUUGGAUUUAAUUUCAAAAGCUGACAAAAGAUUUCCUAACUUUGAAAACUUUUCUAUUGACUUCGUCCAAAAUGAACAUUCUGAAGACAUCAACAACUUUCUGAAGAACAGUUUCCCUAAUAUGGUUGAUACCUUCUCGUUCUUUAACGAUUUUGAGAAUAAAGACGCAUCCAUCGGGUUUUAUAUGCAAGGAUUAUUAGCAAUAGGACCUCGAGUCCAGAAGAAACUUAAGAUCAACCAAUUUAGUAUCAGCGAACAAAAUUUUGUCAAUCUUUUAUCAAAGUUCAAUCACGUUGAGUGAUUUUCGUUAUCCAAAUUCAAAAUAGAUCUUUCAUCUAUUCCUGAUCUUGAAGAGGCUCUCUGAGAGACUCGAAUUAAAAAGAUAGAAUUAAGCGAAGGAAGUGGCUAUCACAAUGAACCUCUUGACUUCGACAAUUUGAUUAAAGGACUUUCCCAAAGCGAGGAUUUCAAGAAAAGCUUUGAAGAAAUUUUUGUAGACUCCUGUAAACUGACUGGAGAGGAGGUCUGCUCUGUUUUAGAGAAAUAUGGCUUCAAAGAAAUUAAAAGUACGAUUUCAGACAAGAAUUGCUGCAUAUUCUAAAACAUCUCAAAUACGGCUUUGGAUCAAACGAAGAGGCAGAUCAAAGAUGUAAUGUAAUUCUGCUAAAAUAAUUUGAUGCUG